AUGCUGACCCGGCCAGACAAAGGAUGGGCAUGGGUAGUGAUGGUCGCCUCCUUCUUCAUACAUAGCCUGAAUGCAGGCAUGCUGUACGGUACAGGCAUUAUACAGGUGUCCUUACUAGAGAGGUUUCAGGAAGGGCUUGCAUUAACAUCAUGGGCAGGUGCUAUCUACAUAUUCUUGAUGUUUGGAGCAGGUGUGGUUGGCAGUGUGAUGAUAAGCCAUUUCAGCUGUCGGGUGGCUUUCAUAGUGGGUUCGGUCAUCAUGACUUCAGGGCUUCUGGCAAGCUCAUUUGCAGAAUCAUUGGAAAUUAUCAUCAUUUCAUACGGUUUCACAGCAGGCUUAGGCUCAGGAAUUGUGUUCACCAGCGGAAUUGUGGUUGUCGGCCUAAACUUUCAGAAGAAGAGAAGCGUAGCGACAGGAUUUGCCUCAUGUGGAGCCGGUGCAGGAGCUUUCAUAUUUCCUCCCCUGAUGCAGCUUGCGCGGAAAGAAUAUGGCGACUCUGGUUUUUUCAUCCUAUUAGCUGGCAUGGCUCUAAAUAUAUCCGUGUUCGGAUCGCUUUGCUUUCCGUCAUACUUAGAAGUUAAUAAAAACGCACCAGAAAAACUGACAAAAUCAACAUUAUCAUUAUCACUUCACAGUCUGACGAAUAGGCAGCACUUUUGUAGUAUUAUUGCCGUCCUAAGGAAUCUGCCCUUUGUCUGCAUAUGUUUAAGUCAGCUAGUCAGUCACAUUGGGAUAUAUAUGAUGUAUGUCCAUAUUCCAACAUUUGCCAUCUCCCAUGGAUCCACCGACACUCAGGCUUCCAUCUUGCUUUCCGCUAGUGGAAUAAUGAACUGCGUGUCACGUUUGCUAGUUGGAAUGGCAGGGAACGCCGAUAAUGUUUCCACCAUAUUGUUAUAUUUUGGUACAUUUGGUGUGUUAGGGAUUUCUACAAUUAUAUUUCCUGUAUUUGGGAGUACGUAUAUUGGACAGCUAAUUUACUCAGUCAUUUUGGGGACGUAUUCAGGAAGUUGCUACGUGUUGCUGAGUACAAUUACGGCGGAUAUCAUUGGAAUUGAGUUUCUUGUCUCAGCAUUUGGAAUAGCAAUGAUCUUUACCGGUUUGGGUACACUUGUUGGGCCGCCUAUUGCAGGUUUUAUAGUGGAUGGCGGUGGUACUUAUGAAACAUCCUUCACUUUAGCAGGAUGCUGUAUACUUUUGGCAGCUGUAUUUGGGAUAGCCGCAGAGGUGUUCCGAAAGAUAUAUUACCCUGAUGCUGUUCACUUGGAAGUAGAAGAAACCUCGAAGUUUUUAGAUGAGAAACAUUAUCUACAUACAGAGAUAACACCACUACAUACGGACAAUACACAAGAAAACAUAUCUAAUGUGCCUGUUUUACCACUAGUGACAGACCAUCACUCAGACGAAUAUGACACACUCUGUACUAAUUGA